AUGCCUCGACGAACAAGGAGGACAGCUCCAUCCAGACCUAAACAAAAGGUGUAUGGCCCCCCCCCACCAACACGUGAGGAGGAAAGUGCCCAAGAAAAUGACUUGAUCGAGAUUCUCAAGUCAUUCGGAUGCUUUGAGAGCAACGUGGAGCUGAGACACAGAGAGAAUGUGGUCCAGAGACUGGAUGUACUGUUCAAAGAGUGGCUCACAGAGAUGUGUCUGCAAAUGAAUUCACCAGACAUUGUCCCGCAGAAGGUUGGAGGGAAGCUCGUCCCUUUCGGCUCCCAUCACCUGGGGGUCGCCUCGAAAGGCGCCGACAUCGACAUCCUCUGUGUGGGACCGGGUUUCCUCCAGAGGAAGGACUUCUUCUCCUCUUUCGUUGGAAAACUGAAGAGGCAGAGAGAGGUCAAAGACAUACGGGUCAUUGAAGAGGCAUUCGUCCCUGUCGUUAAACUGACCUUUGAAGGAAUUGAGAUAGACUUAGUCUUUGCCAGGGUGGCCAGGUACAGAGUCCCACAGGAAAUGGACCUGCUCCGAGAGGAUUGGCUACAGGGGAUGGACCUCCACUCUGUGAGGAGUCUGAACGGCUACAGAGUAACAGAGGAGAUCCUCAGGCUCGUACCGAAUGUUCAGAACUUCAGACUCGCUCUGAGGACCAUAAAGCUUUGGGCCAAACAAAGAAACAUAUACUCAAACUCUCUGGGUUUCCUUGGCGGCGUUUCCUGGGCCAUUCUGGUAGCCAGAAUCUGCCAGGAGUACCCGAACGCCUCAGCCUCCACCCUGGUCACAAUGUUUUUCAAGGAGUACAACAUGUGGAAGUGGCCAAACCCCAUCAUGUUGAGGGAGUUGAAGGAUUGUCAUUUCAACCUUCCUGUGUGGGAUGCAAGGGUUAAUCUGGCAGACCGCUCCCACUCUAUGCCAAUCAUCACACCGGCAUACCCAAUGCAGAACACUGCUUUCAACGUGACUCCCUCCACCCUGGCCAUCAUGAAGGAGGAGAUCCAGCGCGGCCACACUAUCGCCCGCUGGUCCCAACUCUUUGAGAAGCCCAAUUUCCUCAAGAAGUACAAGCAUUACGUUCUGCUGCAAGCUACUUCAGCUACAGAGGAGCAGCAUCCUGCAUGGGUUGGCCUGGUGGAGUCUAGAAUCCGACACCUGGUGGUAAAUCUGGAGAGAAAUGUGUUGGUGACCCGGGCCCACAUUAACGUCCAGUCCUACCCUGAACGCAGCACGGGCAACGCCAGAGCGCCAAUGAGAACAAAGUGGCUGAUUGGGCUUGUGUUCAAUGAACAGGGGGGCCAACACCUGUCAAUAGACCUGACUCUCCAGCGCUUCAGUGACAUCGUCCACAGUGUGGCAUGUCGCUGUCAGACGUUCAGAGAGGGGAUGAGCACCUCAGCUCGAUACAUGUCCCAGAAGGACUUCAGCUGGGAUCUGCCUCAGGAGCCUGGCAGGAGGGUUAUCAGUGAAGAGCCGCAGCCCUCAGUGAGCACCGCUGCUCCAUCUCCGACGAGUCACCAGGCCACAAAGAGGUCUCGUUCGCCUCACUCAGAAACUUCCAGCAAGAAGUUUAAAUCUGACGAGGGGCCGAGCGAGGAAGUCUGUCUCAGCCAAUCAAAGAGUGGAGGUCUCAAGAGAGCCCGCACUCCUGAGUCAGGGUCACCGAGCAAGAGGGUCCGAACUGAUCUGCUGAGGCCCGCUGAAACCUGA